UUACAAGGAGGUUUAUCCAGUGGUUCACAGUGGAAAAUGGCGAGUUGGUGUGUGCGAGCAGUGAGACAGAGCUACUCACUUGUAGCUUCACCUGCGUUAAUAAGAGCAUCUCCACGAUUGCUAUGCACAGCCACCCAGCAGAAGAAUGGCCCUGCGUCAGAGGGUGCUGAGCGGCUGGAGCAGAGUGCAGCAGAGACCCUCCUGCUGGAGGAGAAGACCCAGCUGGAGGACCAGCUUAAGGACAUGAUGGAAAAGUACAAGCGGGCGUUAGCGGACACAGAGAACCUCAGAACGAGGACACACAAGAUGAUGGAAGAUGCUAAAUUAUACGGGAUCCAGGGCUUCUGUAAGGACCUGCUGGAGGUGGCCGAUAUCCUGGAGAAGGCCACAGAGAGUGUGCCCAAGGAGGAGGUGACGACCCAGAACCCUCACCUGAAGAACCUGUACGACGGACUGGUGAUGACGGAGGUCCAGAUCCAGAAGGUCUUCAUCAAGCAUGGCCUGGUCAAGCUCAACCCCGACGGCCAGAAAUUUGACCCCUACGAGCACGAGGCGCUCUUUCACGCCCCUGUGGAGGGCAAAGAGCCUGGCACCGUCGCCAUGGUAACCAAAGUGGGCUACAAGCUUCACAGUCGCACCCUCAGGCCAGCAUUAGUGGGCGUGGCCAAAGCCCCUUAGAAAGAGUGAUGUAACUGUGCCAAAGUGGGAUUUGCUUUGUUGCCUGAGUGUCUGAUGACCUCAGGUACAACAGACUGGUUGAGGCUCAAAGAGAUGGGAACCCAGCUGAGCUGGACUUUGUAUCUGAACAAUAUCCACCAGCUUUUAACGGAAACAUUUACACAGGACAGUCUUUACAGUAGAAUUUCAGCUGGUCAUGUGAGUAAUUUCAGAGUCAGUUUAUGUCAGCCUCACCAGAUCACACACGGAGGCUUUGUCUCUUCCUACAACCGUCAAUCCUAAAGAAACACAGGUGAAACGAUCUAUGAUGUAACAUCCAUCCACAAACUGAGUAGUACUGAUUCUGAACUGUAAGUAUCAUUCCAGACUUCUGUUUAAAGCCCUAGUAAACUUAAACUCGACUCCUCAAUUUUCUUAUUUGUGAGUUUUAAAUUCAUUGUGUGAAUAAAGCGAGGAGCAGGAGGCUACUUGAAUAUCUGAA